ACUGGGGGAGGAGGAGACCCGGACCAGACCGUGCUCCGCCUGCCGCCGCCGCCGCGCCAGUCCCUGAGGUCGCAGGGAGCAGGUUCCCCCUGGCGGGACAGGCGUGAACAGGCAGCAAAGUAACUCCCCCUUGGCUGGAGCCCCUCGGCCCGCGAAGAUGGUGGGCCUGACAGCCUCCGACGUGCACCCGACCCUGGGCGUGAAGAUCUUCUCAGCGGGGGUGGGGGCCUGCGUGGCAGAUGUGAUCACCUUCCCGCUGGACACCGCCAAAGUCCGGCUACAGGUCCAAGGCGAAUGCCAGACCUCCAGUGCCAUUAGGUAUAAAGGUGUCUUGGGAACAAUCACCACUCUGGCAAAAACAGAAGGGCCAAUGAAACUCUACAGUGGGCUGCCCGCUGGCCUUCAGAGACAAGUCAGCUUUGCCUCUCUCAGGAUCGGCCUGUAUGACUCAGUUCAGGAGUUCUUCACCACCAGGACAGAAAGUAGUCUUGGAAGCAAGAUCUCAGCUGGCUUAACAACAGGAGGAGUGGCAGUGUUCAUUGGGCAGCCCACGGAGGUUGUAAAAGUCAGACUUCAGGCACAGAGCCAUCUACAUGGCCUCCAACCUCGCUAUACUGGGACUUACAAUGCUUACAGAAUCAUAGCAACAACUGAAGGCUUGACGGGUCUUUGGAAAGGGACCACUCCCAAUCUGAUGAGAAAUGUCAUCAUUAAUUGUACAGAGCUAGUAACAUAUGACCUAAUGAAAGAGGUUCUUGUGAAAAACAAAUUACUAGCAGAUGAUGUCCCCUGCCACCUGGUGUCAGCUCUUAUUGCUGGAUUUUGCACAACACUUCUGGCCUCCCCAGUGGAUGUGGUGAAAACCAGAUUUGUUAAUUCUCCACCAGGACAGUACACAAGUGUGCCCAGUUGUGCAAUGACAAUGUUCACUAAGGAAGGACCAACAGCUUUUUUCAAAGGAUUCGUACCUUCCUUCUUGCGACUCGGAUCCUGGAACGUCAUUAUGUUCGUGUGCUUUGAACAACUGAAGCGAGAACUGAUGAAGUCAAGGCAGACCGUGGACUGUGCCACAUAAUGAACUUCAAGGAAAAGAUGUAACUCACCAGUGGGAAUCUUUGCUGACUAGAUCAUACAAUUAAAAACAGAAAGAAAAAAAACCCCAAAUAUUAUUCAGUUUAUUUCACCCUAGAAAGAUAAAGGAAUUCUGUAGGGAGUUUGGAAAUUUUUAUAUAUUAAAAAAGAGGGAAACUAAUACCUGUUUCAUAUAACUUUUAUUCUCAGUGUCUUAAGGAGGAAGAACAGAACAUUCAGUACACAUCCUAGCAAAGGUAAUGUCCAGAUAAGUUACUGCAAUCUACUGUGGAUUUUUAGAGUGAAAUAUUAUGAUUAUGUAUGAAGAACUUUAAAAUGUUUUAAUUAUAAUUCCAACUAGUAGAAAAGAAAAAUGAAGUGAAAUGUAGUUUAUAUUUACGAAUACUUAAAAAAUGAAGUUAUCAAGGAAAACUUAGACUGCUUUUUAUUUAUUAACAAGUUAUCAGUUCAUAUAUUAAAUAAAGUAUUGCUAAUACUUCUAA